GCGCCAAGGCCAGAACUUCGGCGACACCCUUACCGUCUGAUACCACCGCUAUCCUCGCGAUGCAAUCGGUGACGGGCGACAACUUCCCAUCCGGACCGAUGAACGCUGCCAGCGCCUCCCAACCCCCAAC